AUGUGUUGUUUAAAAGAGGAGAGAGACCAGCUAGUUCAGUCAAUGUCUGGUUUCCAGGAGGAGAGAGACAAGCUAGUUCAGUCAAUGUCUGGUUUCCAGGAGGAGAGAGACAAGCUAGUUCAGUCAAUGUCUGGUUUCCAGGAGGAGAGAGACAAGCUAGUUCAGUCAAUGUCUGGUUUCCAGGAGGAGAGAGACAAGCUAGUUCAGUCAAUGUCUGGUUUCCAGGAGGAGAGAGACAAGCUAGUUCAGUCAAUGUCUGGUUUCCAGGAGGAGAGAGACAAACUAGUUCAGUCAAUGUCUGGUUUCCAGGAGGAGAGAGACAAGCUAGUUCAGUCAAUGUCUGGUUUCCAGGAGGAGAGAGAGACAAGCUAGUUCAGUCAAUGUCUGGUUUCCAGGAGGAGAGAGACAAGCUAGUUCAGUCAAUGUCUGGUUUCCAGGAGGAGAGAGACAAGCUAGUUCAGUCAAUGUCUGGUUUCCAGGAGGAGAGAGACAAGCUAGUUCAGUCAAUGUCUGGUUUCCAGGAGGAGAGAGACAAGCUAGUUCAGUCAAUGUCUGGUUUCCAGGAGGAGAGAGACAAACUAGUUCAGUCAAUGUCUGGUUUCCAGGAGGAGAGAGAGACAAGCUAG